CGUCCUUCGAUACAAACGUUUCUAGUGUGCAUGCUGUGCUGAUCUUGUCUGUUUACAUUCAGAAAAAUGAACCCAUAUUAUUGCAACCAUUACGGAAUGCCGCCCAACAUGUUUGGGCCUCAAAUGUACAGCCCAUUUACGUUUCCUCCGCCGCCACCUUUUCAUUCAAACAUGGAUCGUUUAUGCCCAGACACAGUGGCAUCGACAACGACUGCAGAAGUCAAAGAAUCUGAAAAAUCAACGAAUUUGCCAGCAAAAAAGGAAAUUAAGCGGCAACGCUCGACAAACCGUCGCAGAUACCGCAAACGAUCAGAGGACAUAACAACACGAACACCACACUCAAUCCAUGACAAAUCUCCGGUGUUGUCGAAACACAAAUCGUUGCAUGUGACGCAAAGUCGUGUGACUGCUUCAAAGAAUGUUGAACAGAAGAACAAACGAAACCGUCGAAAGGUUAAAGCACCAACAAACAAUCCUAUAAAUCAACAGCUAGGCCAGAGUACAGUUACUUCUGGAUAUGAAAAACAGAAUCAAGACUUCGUCGUGGCGGUGAUGGCCAUUGCAAUGGCUCUGCAGCCAGAAAAACGUUCUGGACUUAAAGCCGCUCCUGACGGCAUUGAAUUGGAUUAACAACUCGCUGUUCUAAUAUUGUCUAUGCACUGAUGCUUGUGAAAAUACAUGUAUGGCGUGGUAUA